AUGAUCAUUGCUUCUGUUUCCCACCAAAUUGAUGCCAUAGCUGCGAGCAGGGGAAUGGCGAUGGGAGGAGAGGCCGAGGUGGUGCAGCUCCGGGAACACCUACACAAGCUCGCUCAGGAGCGGUGCCAAGCCCUCGAAGAACUCGAAGAGAUGCAGUGGAAGAUGCUGACGCAGCGGGAGAGCCAAGUCCGAUCGGAAGCCCGCGUCAACGAGCUCGAGUACGAGCUCGAGAAUUCCAGGGCGUCCGAGUGCCACAUGCUCGAGUCCUUGGCGUCCCAAACGAAGCAGCUGGAGCAGACCAAGAUCCUGCUCGAGGAGAUGAAGCUGGAGCUGAGGACGUUCCGCGCUGCGUCGAGCUCGCCUCGCCAUGGCAAAAACGAGGCCGCCGUGCUGCAGACAGAGCUCCGCCUCGCGCUGGAGGCGGAGGAGAAGAGCAAGCGCGCCAUGGACGGCCUGGCGCUCGCGCUCAAGGAGGUCAGCACCGAGUCGGGCAGGCUUAAGGGCGAGCUGGAGGCCGCGCGCGGCGAGUCGGAGCGGGUCGGAGUUUCGCUCCGCGGCGCGGAGGCGGAGGCGGAGCGGUUGAAGGCGGAGGCAGAGGAAUCGGUAGCGGCGUGGCUGGAGAAGGAGGCCGGGUUCCUGGAGUGCAUCCGGACGUCCGAGGCGGAGUUGGAGGCGGCCCGGCGGGACUGCACGCGCGCGGAGCGCAAGCACAGGUCGGCAGUGGACGAGGCGUCCAACCUCCGCGACAUCGUGAAGCAGGCCAUCAAGGAGGCCUCGGUGGUGAAGGAGGCGCUGGAGAUCGCUCGGCGGGAGAACGCGAAGCUCCAGGACGUGCUGGAGGCGGCGCGGCGUGAACUACAAGAGGCCAAGGCCCGCGAGGCCGCCGCGCUGCGCAGCUUCGGAGACAUGAAGCGCGUGUUCGCGUCCCCGGCGGUGCCCACCGAGCAAGCGCUGAAGGUGAAGCGGAUAGCCAAGUACCCGUCCGACAACUGGCGCCACCACUCUGUCGGAGGGGAAUCAGACCGGCUUUUCGAAGCGGUGGAGUACUCCCCAAAGCAAAGGAAGACAACGUCCGAGGAGGUCGCGUUGGCGGCAGUGGCGGCGGAGGGCGGAUGGGAUUCUCCGGCGCGGUACAAACUAAGAAGAGGCAGAUUCUGA